GUGCAGAGCUUGUUGGUAGAAUGGUGCACUGAGUUCGGAUCGCGCGUCGCUGCCGGCAGUACCCACUGUCGCUAUCACAUCGUAAGCGCAUAAGACGUUGCCGCACGCGUAAUCAAAAUAAUUACAAACUCUAAUGAAAUAUUGAUAAAUUGUCAUUAUCAGUUACAUAAUACAUACCAUAUUUAUAAUACUUACUUAAUAAGUAGAUAUAAUUUUAUUGGCUUAAAAUAACGGACAAACAAGAAGAAUAUGUUUUAGAUGACGCAGUAUGGAAGUCUUGGAAGAGUUCAAGAGACACUAUUAAAGUUCAGUUUACAUUGUUAGAGCAAUAGGUAUACCUAACUAUUUUUAAUUACAACAAUGUCAAAUGUCGAGGCGAACAAUAAUAUGAAUAAAGCAGAAGUAAACAACCACAAACCGGUGAACCAAAUCAGAGACGUCGAAAGAGGUAAAGGCGAAAGUGGCUCAAGCAUAUCUUGGGUAACAAUCGUAGUGAUGGUGUUCGCGUUCGCCGCUUUGGCCGCGGCGUGUGCUGUCGCCUGGGUAUUUUGGAACUGGCAGACUGCCCUGGUAGUCCUUGCAAUCCUAAUAGUCUUAUAUGUAUUGACCUACUUUUGGAAUUGGUUAUGGAUUGCUGCUCAAACUGCCCCACGAGAUAUGAAAGCCCUGUACUGUUACAUAAAAAUUCUAAGAUUAUCAAACAAUUUCACAAAGAAGAAUUGGUCUAUGCCGGACAUCUUUCACGAGGUGGUCAAGAAGCACCCGAAGAAAAUAUGCUUUCUUUUCGAAGACGAAUCAUGGACUUUUCAACAGGUAGAAGAAUUUAGUCUUCGGGUUUCAGCCGUUCUCAAAGCACAAGGGGUAAAGCGCGGGGACACGGUGGCGGUGAUGGCGAGCAACUAUCCCGAAAUGCCGGCCAUCUGGCUGGGCAUAGCGCGGAUAGGAGGCAUUUCACCUCUGAUCAACACCAACCAAACGGGCAAUACGCUGCUCCAUUCCAUAAACAUUGCCCACUGCGACUUUGUAAUAUACGGCAGUGAGUUUGAAACAGCCAUCCAGGACAUAAAAAAGGAAUUGAGUGGAUCUAUAAAGCUAUUGAAAUUCACUCGUCGUCCACUUAACGUAUCUAAUGACAAAGUCAAAGUAGCCGAAUUAUCUGAUGAUUUUACCCAUUUAUUGGAGACGACUUCACCGGCACCCUGGAGUUUGUCUGAAGGCGAAGGAUUUCUUGGUAGACUUCUAUAUAUUUACACUUCAGGAACUACAGGAUUGCCAAAAGCAGCUGUGAUAUCCCCAUCGAGGAUGGUAUUUAUGGCUUCUGGCGUGCAAUAUCUUGGUGGACUUAAUCCUAAGGACGUGAUUUACUGCCCAAUGCCUUUGUACCACUCUGCCGGUGGAGUCAUCACAAUGGGAAAUGCUUUCAUCUUCGGCUGCACUGUAGCUUUGAAACUGAAAUUCUCAGCGUCAGCAUACUUCCCUGACUGCAUAAAAUAUAACGCGACGGCAGCGCAUUACAUUGGUGAGAUGUGCAGAUACGUGUUGGCGACGCCACCAUCGCCCACCGAUAGACAGCACAAAGUGCGCGUUGUGUAUGGAAACGGCAUGCGGCCAACUAUUUGGAAUGAGUUUGUGAAACGCUUCGGAAUCAAGAGGGUUUCCGAGUUUUAUGGUGCCACGGAAGGCAACGCAAAUAUAGUGAACAUCGACAGCAAAGCAGGAGCGAUAGGAUUCAUAUCAAGGAUCAUCCCCGCAGUGUAUCCCAUAGCAAUCAUUAAAGUUGACGAAGACACAGGAGAACCGAUUAGAGAUAAACGUGGUCUUUGUCAGUUAGCCCAACCCAACGAGCCUGGAGUAUUCAUCGGUAAAAUAAAGCCAAAUAAUCCAGCACGUGCGUUCCUUGGCUACGUUGACAAGGAGGCUUCAGAUAAGAAAAUAGUGAGAGAUGUGCUUGCCCACGGAGAUUCUGCUUUUAUAUCAGGAGACAUACUGGUGUCUGAUGAGCUGGGAUACUUGUACUUCCGCGAUCGUACGGGAGACACAUUUCGGUGGCGCGGGGAGAACGUCAGUACCACCGAAGUGGAGGCCGCAAUCUCCAGAGUGGCAGACCAGAGAGACGCCGUUGUAUAUGGUGUCGAGAUUCCGGAUAUUGAAGGACGGGCAGGCAUGUGCGGUAUCGUAGAUGCGGAUGGCACCCUGGAUUUAGACAAGCUUGCAAAAGAUAUAGCGAAGGACCUGCCCAAGUACGCUCGUCCCGUUUUUAUACGAGUCAUGAGGAGUAUGGACAUGACUGCUACCUUCAAAUUAAGAAAAGUUGACUUACAGAAAGAAGGCUACGAUCCCAACAGGGUGAAAGACAAACUUUACUACUUUGACCCGAAACUGAAUAAAUACGUUAGCUUAGGUCUCGAGGAAUACGAAAAAAUUGUUUCAGGAAAAAUAAGACUGUGAUUUUUACUAACAUUUUUAUAAAUAAGUGCCUAGAAGUUGUUGGUGCCUAAGUAUUUAUCUAACUGUGGAAAAAAAUAUGAUUUAUAUUGUACUUACUACUUACUUAUAUUGUAGAGUUUCGUGGCUUUAUGUAAAUAUAGGUCCAUUUACAAUAUUUAAGGUCUUUAGAAAAAUAGAUUUGACUGAUGUGAUAACUGAUAAGUAAUAACUGUAUCAGCCUUUAUGAUUUUAUUAUUAGGUACCUAGUGAGAAAAUAAAAUAUUUUUGUGUAUACUUAUAGCAUAAGUAAUUAAAUAAAUUAUAAUAUUUGUAUCGUUUUUUUAGGGUAAGGGUACAAAAAUGUGGUAGUUAGAUUGACUAUGAAAAUUGACAGAAAAAAUUGAAAUAAAAUAAAUGAACACCUGAA